AUGCGGAUGGGGUGUAUCAACAAAACGGAAUGGAAACGCCUUGACGAUGCCAUGCGCCCACUGAUAAACAGGACACUCCAUGUUCCCAAGUCCGCCUCUACAGACUACAUCCACGGAAGCUCCCAAGGAGGCGCCUGUGGUAUCCCUGACGCGGGCGAGCUGAGCGACUUGUGUCUCAUCGACACGGCAUACAAACUUGUGACAUCCCCGGAUCCUGCAGUCGCGAACCUGGCAGCUUCCGCUCUCUCCACUGCGGCAUUAAGACGCGCUCAGACUGGCGCCACAGCACCUGACCUCGCCGCCUACCUCUCCGGGGCCGGAGGCGUCUUCGAGGGGCCCUCACGCGGUGUAAGAAACACCUGGACGGAAGCAAGGAAAGCGUCGAAGAGGACAUCGGUCAUGUUGGAGUUCAGAAACGAAGGGCCCCACUUGACAAAAGGCGAAGUAACCAUCGGCCCAGCGCAGCGGAAUAAGGUAAUAUCUACCCUGCGUCGCCAGCUCACAGCCACGCGAGACAACCAGCUCCGGUCCCUUCCAAGCCAAGGCAAAGUGCUUGAAUGUGUCGCCCUCGACCGAUCAAGCUCUCACUUCAUCAGGACAGGCAUGUUCACGCGCUUUGCUGACUGGCGCUUCAUCCACCGGGCCCGCCUCAACCUGCUCCCACUGAAUGGCGCACGACCCUGGGACAACGGAGAUAAGCGAUGCAGGAGGCGCGGCCAGGCCCCCACAGCUCCCCCUCUUCGCGGCUCUAAAAAAAUGUUUGCACGUCAUAAACACGUGUGUUGCCUGAAUUAUCUCAAACUAUGGGCUCUAUGGGGAGCUGUGGGCGCCUGGCGCGGCGGCGAACAAGAAACACUGCCACACGUCGCCAACGACUGCAUGCGCUACUCCCCAGCCUACACUGCUCGCCACAACAAGAUCGUGCGUCGGGUGAAAGAGGCAGCCCAGGCGAAGUACACCGUGAUCUCGGAAAACCAGGCGGUUGGCAAGACCGGACUGCGACCAGACCUCGUCGUUGCAAGAGUAGAGGAGGCUAUCAUAUACGACGUCACCAUGGUGUUUGAUAACCGACAAGAGGCCUUCACGAAAGCAAGACAAGAAUAG